AUGGCCUUUGAUACAAAUGUGGACUAUGACGAGACACGAGCGGCAGAGAUCAAUGCCGUCGGGUGGGUUUUUACGGGCAUUGCCAUUGCAGCGGUGUUUUUGAAGAUUUUCACCCGCGUGGAGAGCAAGCGGGCUGGAUGGGAUGAUUUUUUUAUUUUCUUCUCCAUGGCAUUGAGCAUCAUCGCCACGGCUUUCGUCUCAUACUCGGUCACUCUCGGUCUAGGCCGACACGCUGCAGCCGUCGUUGCUCAGCAUGGCAUGGAACGAUACGAACAAACAGCUUACUGGCAGAUCAUCGCAUACCCUUUCAAUAUCGGCGCUUUCAGUUUCCCAAACAUCUCCAUCGCCAUUCUAAUCGUUAAUCUUCUCGACCCAAACCCCCUUCGCGCACGGCUGCUUUACGCCAUGGUCAUCUUGCAGGUCAUGAUUGCUAUGAUAUCUGUUUUUCUCGUCUUUUUCCAAUGCAACCCAACGGCAAUGUUGUGGAAUCCCACGCUUAACGGCAAAUGUUGGAGCCCGGAUAUCUUCAAUGGCUUUUCUUAUUGGGUCAGCGCAUAUACGACACUCACGGAUAUCGUGUUAGCCGUUGUGCCAAUUAUGGCUUUUUGGAAGCUACACAUGCGGACAUCGACCAAAAUCAGUGUCUGCAUUAUGAUGGGAUUGACAAUGCUUUCGGCGAUUGUCACUAUCGUCAAAGCCACGUUUUUACACCUAUUCACGGACCAUACGGAUCCUCUUUUCAAUGUGGUACCAUUGGUUCUCUGGGGCCUUAUCGAGCAAAAUGUUGUCAUUGUAGCCGCCUGUAUCCCAACGCUCCGCCCAUUCUUUCGCAAAACAUUCCAAUCUACCAAAGGUUCCACCGACCCGGCUAACUCACGAAGCCGCUCAAACUCCACCUUCAAGCUCUCAUCUAAACCAACACAUUCGCGAGACCCCUUUGCUUCGGAAAGAGAUCGAAAAGUCACAAAAAUGGACAUCUAUGGUGAUGAGGAAAGCAAUAGCAGCCGGCAGGGUAUAUGGCGUACACGGGAGGUUACGGUGGAAACUGCGGAAUGA